AUGACUCAAGUACGUAUUCCUGAGUUCAAUAUGGAAGACGAAGAAGCUCAACUACUUCCAACGUCAUCAACCGUAUCUGCUCCAGUACAGCAAAUUACAACAACCCCUCGAACUAAGCGCAGACUACAAGUAACUGAGAAUUCUACGAAUGUUGAGAACAUAAAUAUGGAUCGAAGGCGUCAAAAAGCUCGUGAAAGGAUGGCUGCUAAACGAGCUCAAACUACACCAGAGGAAGCCGAAAGACAACAUGUGCUCGCAAGAGAAAGAAGUGCAGCCAGAAGAGCGGCCUUUACACCGAAACAAACUGAACGGGAGCGUAUCCUUGCAUGUGAAAGAAGUGCAGCUAGAAGAGCUGCGUUAAACACCGAAGAAAUCGAAGGACAACGAGAAGCAACUCGUGAGAAAGUUGCAGCAUGGAGAGCUUCUCUUACAUCGAAAGAAAUCCAACUACAACGAAUACUUGCUACUGAACGAACUAUGAGUAAACGAGCUACAGCGUCACCAAAAACAGCCGAAGAACAGCGGGUAGUAGAUCGUAAAAGAAGUGCCACAAGACGAACUACUUACACACCUGAUGAACUCGAACGUCGCAUGCAUCUGCUCAAAGUUUUCGAAGCACUUCAAUGGCUUAGACAAAAUAAUCCUCUUUAUCAUAAUAUCACAAUCAAUCAAUCAAUAAUAAACAAAUUACCUGACGAUGAUGUACCGGAGUGUUUGUGGACAACUAUGGAAAUUUCUACUAAUGUAGAAGCAGGUGAAAAUGAAAGAGCAAGUUACAUUCCUGACUUGUUGACAAAUGUAUCUGAACUUAACAAUACAGCAGCUAUACCCAUAAUCUCAAGCGCUGUGUUAGAUGUAAAUGGCACCAAAGCUUCAUCCGAUGAAGUUGCUGAACAUCUUUUAGAACGAAUCAAAUCACAAGUGACAGAAAAAUAA